AUAAAGCCCUUCAUGGCUACAGAGGUGAGGGCUAUGGGCCAGUAGUCAUUUAGACAGGUUACCUUGGUGUUCUAUGGCACAGGAACUUGGUGGUAUGUGAUUUGCAAAUCUGAGUGGAAGAUCUGGCUCUUCUGGACCCGGGACACAAAGUGCCAUUUGAUGUUGCCUUUAAAGAAAAGAAGUGAAAAGAUGCGAUUUGGGCCGUCCAUAAUAUUAGACUUUCUGGAUUGUGCCUGAUUAGGUAUAAGUCUCAAUCCAUUUUAUGAUCUCUUGUCUCCAUCUCUGUCCCGUUAAUUUAACAAUGCUAUUAAAAGACGACCUGCUUGAUGAUCUUGACGCUGUCAUUUAAUCCAAGGAGCAGGUAAACAAUGUUGUCGAUGUUUAAUCUUAAAUAUUGUCUCGUUUGUCUAAUGCAAUACUUAAAUCAAGGUUGGAUUAGGGUGAAGAGCACUCACUGCCAUCAAUAACAAGCAUCCCACCAUACCAGACCAUGGUUCACUCAUCUCAAAGGCUUGUGCCAUGUCAUUAUUUUAAGCUCAUCCCAUGUCUCUUUAGAUCUGUUUAAUAUAUGAGCUCCUCCACUCAUCUCUCUAUCUAGCAAAUGUUUGUCACCCUCUAGCAGGCUAUUCCUGAAAGUACAUGUAAAAUCUGCAUGACACACACACACUGUCACGCCUGCUCCCGCUCUUCCCUCCCUGGCGCUCGAGGGCGCCAGGCUACCCGUCAUCAUACACGACUGUUACCAACAUUACGCACAGCUGUGCUCAUUGGACUCAACUGGACUCCUUCACUUUGUUGAUUACCCCCGGAAUAUCUGUCUGUUCCUUGGUUAUGUUCCCUGUCUGCAUUAUUCCGUAUUGUGUUUGCUAUGUGUUCCUGUCCAGGCGCUGUUCCUGUUCCGUUUCAUGUCCGUCAGCUAAUAAACCUUCACUCCCUGUACCUGCUUCUCAUCUUCUGUGUCGCUCCCUUUACACGCACACACACACUCGCGCACGCGGCAGAUAGCCCCCCCCACCACACCGAUGUUGGCUGACAACUGGGGACAUCCAUUGUCCCCUCCCUGCCUCUGUUUUCUCCAAAAAGCGAACACUAGCUACCACAAAUCCCCCCAAGAGGAGAUUGCCCUUGGACUUUUAGCUCCACAGUCAUUGGGCGGUUCCCUGGCCUGGAUCCUGUUGUGCCCUGCAUGUGCAGCCAUGUGAGCAGCUGCUUGACACCUCCCACCACACCCCUGCCCCUCCCCUCGCCCCCCCCUCACUGCACUGCUUUCUCUGUCUAACUCUGUUCGGGCACCAAGGGACACACAGCUGGAUCGCUAUCGACCUAAUCUCUCUCUAGUCGGACGUGUUUGUCUUGAGUUCUGCCUACCACGACAGCAUGAGAACGCUACUGGACAGCAGCUGGAUAAAGUUUGGGCCAGCCGGCAGAGGGUCCAUUGAUUGGGUGACUGGGUCACCUUCUCCCCCAAUGGUGGAGAGACAGUUACAGGGCGACAACUGGAAUGAGCUGAACCUCGACCAGGAAGGGAGGUCAGGGCUGCUCCUCUACGUGGUCCUCCCCAUCGCCUCCCUCCUCAUGCUGGGCCUCCUGGUACUCCUGGCCUACUGGAGGUGCUCCCCUCCAAAGCUCAGCCUGGACCUCCAGGACCACGAGAGCAGCGAGGAGUUCCUCUCCUCGCUCACCGGCCACGGCGAACGCCACACCAGCACCAGCUCUGACAUGUCGGACAGCGUGUACGUCAUGGUCUACCUGCCGCCGCCCUACAAGGAGACGCUGACCAAGAUCACACGCGCCACCAGUCUGACCAGUCGGAAAGAGUCCUUGAACAUAGAGGACCUGGAGGCCCGGCUGUGUCCGGAGAUCAAGUCCAGUGGACGCUACGUGUGACUGGGGAACACUGGGACUGUCUCUCAAAUGGCCCCCUAUUCCCAAAAGCCCACAAAGGGCUCUGAUUAAAAGAAGUGCACUAUGUAGGGAGUAGGGUAUAUGGUAUCAUUUCAGACUAGAACUAAGAGAUUGCUUUUGAAAGGACUCCAUAUACCAAGCUCUUUAGAAUAAGGGGAAUUCAAUGGACUAUUUAAAAACAUCAGACCUGAGUUAGUCUUUUGUGGGUACCAGCUUUCUACACAGAGGAGUGUGCAGUUGCAUGAAAGCUGGAAUUGCAUUGGCUGGCUGUCCAGGAUACAGUACAUCUAGAUUCUCUAGAGAGGACAGACGCUGACUUUGUACAAACCGUAGGUCACAGUAGGCAAAUAAAUCUCCUUCAGCGAUACAAAAAAUAAUAUACAAUUCAUUUGCAUUGUUUUUAUCUCCUAAAUGAAACACGUGAUCCUCCAUUUUUACUUCCACACAUUGUAUGAGCCAUACCAUGCUUUCAACCCUCCUGUACCUGUGUUGAUUUACAGUUUGUUCCCUAUUUGGAGACUUAAGAAUGUCAAUGUGCAAAGUGCAAGAAUGUUACAGAAGUCUUGUAUAUAAUACUGUAUGUUAUUUGAAUUGGAUUUGAAUUGUAUUUAUAUGUAAGAAGGUACAAAGACCUAGCCUGGGCACCAUGUGUUUGACAGAAGGGACAAGGAGCGGAAUGUUAGUUAGACGGGUACCCAGACUUACAAAGACCUAGUCCAGGUUAAUAAUUCCCUUUAUUCCUUGGCAUCACAUCAUAAAUGUACUCCUAAAAACCUCAGACCUGAUACGUUUUAUAGACUACAUAACAUAUAUUCAUUCUAAUUAACAAGUAAUAUGUUUGUACAAAGUGUUAUAUUGUUUUUAAAUAAAGAAUAAGA